CCUUCAGAUCUUUAUGGUCCAAUACCUAGUCGUGCAACGUCUCAUAGACUUGCUAUGAGUUAUAAGAAUGAAUUGGAGAUGAUGAAGGAACAAUACAUGAAUAUGAAUGAGCAGCUACAAGAAUUGAGAGCUAUGUGCAUGGAAAAUAGAGAAACACCUAGUAAUAGUCAUCCUACGCCAUCUUCGAACCCUUCUAAUCUUGUGUCAUCUCUUCAGAGCAAUAUGGGUUUUUCUUCACCAACUUCAACUCGCCAACCAAUUCAAGUUCAAAAUAGAGUUUGUUUGAAAAGUAUAAAUGACCCAACUCAAAUUGUAGCAAAGGGAAUUGUCCGGAGUAUUGAUCCAUCCACAGAAGUUGGUGGAUCACGACUAAGACCUAAUUGGUGUGAGGUACAUAUUAAAGUGGCAGUAGAGUGGGAUGAAGAAUUGAUAAGAAGAUAUGGAAUGUUCGAAACCAUUGGAGAUGCCCUUGGAGCACAUGUUGCAUGGCCAUUGUUCUUGGUUGAACGUGAUGAAAGUGAUGAUUAGAGUUCAAUAGAUCAUGGAGAUUAGUUGUUUUGUUAAUUUUUUUUUUUGGUGUUAUAAUGGAUGACAAAUGAUGAUAAUUGUUAGAUUUAUGGAUUUUUGGAGUAAUUCUUUUUUUGACAAAUCAAUCAUAGACCAUGGAGUAUUGGUUUUGUAUAUGUAUAUGUGAAGUGGUUUUAUUAUGUGGUUUGGAUUACUAAAUUAGAUGAAGAGAUUUGUGUCUAUGUUGGUUGAUAUCAGGUUUUAG